CAAUAAUAUGUGGUACGAUUAUACAUGAGCGUAAGCCUAGUCACCUUGAUAACAUUCGUUUAAAGUUUACAUGGGCUACACAGAGCCAGUACUUGAGACCCAUCAACUGCUAGUUUAGAAGAUGUCAACCAAUCUCAUGCUAGCAGCAGCCCUUGGCCUGUUUCUCCUUAUAAGAUGGAUAUUAAGACGAUUUCGUGUCAGAAACUAUGCCGAUAAAUACGUUUUCAUAACCGGAUGUGACACAGGGUUUGGGAAUCUGCUUGCAAAACGGCUUGAUCGAUUUGGCAUCAACGUUUUUGCAGGUUGCUUGACGUCAGAUGGCGCACACGCAUUGCGCGAGACAUGUUCAAAAAGGCUGAAUACAUUGAAUUUAGACGUGACAAAUGAAGAGAGUAUCGCAAAAGCUAAACUCUUCGUGGAAAAACGGUUGCCCAAAGGAAAAGGUCUUUGGGCAGUUGUAAACAACGCAGGAGUGUCCGGAGUAGUAGCACCAAUCGAAUGGCUUAAACACGAUUUCCGGUCUGUGCUGGAAAUCAAUAUGUUCGGCGUCAUAUUCGUUGCGAAGGCCUUUUUGCCCCUUGUGCGAAGGGAACGAGGGCGCAUAGUGAACAUGGCAAGCAUCAUGGGGCGGUUCUCAAUGUCGUCCGGCCCUUACGCGGCAUCGAAGUACGCUGUAGAGGGAUUCUCUGAUCAACUUAGACGCGAGAUAUAUCGCACCGGUGUUAGUGUACACAUUAUAGAACCAGGCUACUUCCGUACGACAAUUGUGGACGAAGAACGACUACGGGAAUACUUUCAAAUGCGAUAUGAUACAGCGGAUCCGGAAGUGAAAGAAUACUACGGAAAGGAUUACCUUGAAGGACUCCAAGAGACAACAGCCAAACUACUUGGACUUAUUAUGUCCCCCAAAAUUCACAAAGUAGUGGAUGCAUAUGAACAUGCGGUUCUUGCGAAAUUCCCAAAACCAAGAUAUGUUGUUGGUUUAGACGCCAAUAUUCUGUUCCGGUUAUUGUGGCAUUUACCGGAGUGGCUCUCUGACUAUCUUGUGUCAAGACCGAUGCCGUUACCACAAGGUGCUCUCUGAGAAAAUCUACACUUGAUACCAUUGAUUUGAAAUACUUUAAUAUUUCUACACGUUUAGUCAUCACCACUGAUGUCAAUGUUCACAUCACUGCCGACUUCAGUGUUUUAACGUGUUUACUCUCUUUUUUAAAAUUGCAUGUUCUGAUUAUAAACGAAAAUAGAACAGUUUUAUAAAGGCAAAAUAUCCUUAAAAAGAGUCAGUAAAGCCAUUUACAACACAGUUUUGACAUGAUACUUGUCACAUUUAUUUGUUUUAUUCAAAUGGCUACUCGUAAAUAUAUAUUAAAUUGAUAACGGAC